AUGAAACGAACCGGUGUAGACGUGUACUGCGGUCUUACGCCGACUCAGUACCUAGAUAAAGAUUACUCGAUGAGCGAUCGCGAUAUUGGACAUCAGAAACAAGUGACACGCAAAUCGAAUUCCUUCAAAGCAACGCUAUGGUUGUGUGACAAUUAUCCUUUGGAUUUACAGGAUCAGAUACUGCCAAUAAUCGAUCUGAUGGCCGUCAACAACACGCAUUUUGCUCGUCUAAAGAAUUUCAUCCAAUUGCAACUUCCGGCUGGUUUCCCUGUCAAAAUUGAAAUCCCCUUGUUCCAUGUGGUCAGCGCUCGUAUCACAUUUUCGAACAUCAAUAAACCGGGACCGUGUGUGAGUCCGGCUGAAGACGAUCCGAAUAAGGUGAUUAUCGAUGAAAAUGCAUUCCAAGUUUGUGAAUCGUAUCGCUGUUUGAACGGUGAUGAGUACUCGUUGGAUCAUAAUGCGUCGGCAACAUCAGCCGUUGCGAAUGGACAUUUGCCUUCGGCUAGACGAUAUGUACCUGAAGAUGAGCUCUACUUACAAUUUGCGCUAGAGCAAAGUAUGCGUGAAGGGUUGAUGGCAUCU